GCUGAUGGCAGCCCCUGUGAUUCACGCCUGAGUGUCCCCAAACUACCCCGCUACCUCACCGUGCUGUGCUGAUCAGCCGCGGCUCUAGCUCCAAGGUACACCUCAUCCCUCGUACUCUGGGCCCCCAUUACCUCCAACCAGCUUACAUGUAUUUUUCUUCAAUGCAUUUCCCAGGAGAAAAUGCUUCGUUCCUUGCUUUUCCGCUCUCCAUGGUCCAUUCCUUUAUUACAUAGCCCCCGACGCGGAAUCUUGACCCAAGCGUUCAGUGCGGGACCAGCGGAGCCUCCGUUAUUGGAGCAGACGGUUCCGGAGCAUUUUGCGGGCAUUGUAAGACAGCACGGAGACCGUGAUGCCGUGAUUUCCCAUCACCAAAGGACACGAUUGACGUACGACGCCCUCGAUCGGGAUUCCAACGCUUUGUCUAGAGGACUAGCGAGAUUAGGGGUAAAAAAAGGGGAGAGAGUCGCAGUGUCUCUCGGGAAUAGUAUCGAGUAUGCUACUGCUACAUAUGCUCUAUACAAGCUCGGGGCGAUAUUAGUACCACUCAAUCCAGCAUUCAACCCGCCCCAAGUCCUCUCCGCGCUCAACCACCUGUCAGCCUCCCACCUCAUCAUUGGAGUCGAGACAAACCUGCCCCGAAAAGAUCCCCGAUCGAAUAUCCCUCUCUUGACCCAUCUAAUUCCCAAUCUCGAAGGUUCAACCCUCGAAUCGGAGCUUGUGCCCUCACUCCAAAGCGUCACGAUCGUCAACAACUCCUCUGGAAGGAUCGACACGUCAGAUUAUAAAAGCACGAUAGACUACAAACACGUCCUAGAAGAUGGUGAAACAGGCCAUGCGCUCCCUGAUCAGGGACUUGAUGCCAACGAGAUUGUGAAUAUCCAGUUUACCUCUGGAACGACAUCGAUGCCGAAAGCGGCAUGCUUGUCACACAGAUCCAUUCUGAAUAACGGGAACAGUAUAGGAGAUAGGAUGAUUCUGACACCUGAGGACGUCGUUUGUUGCCCACCACCUUUAUUCCACUGCUUUGGGUGUAUAUUAGGCUACAUGGCGACAGCGACCCAUGGAUCCUGCAUCGUCUUUCCCGCUGAAGCCUUCGACCCGCUCGCAUCCCUCCAAUCCAUUCGCGAAUAUCGCUGCACCGCUCUCUACGGCGUGCCCACUAUGUUCGUCGCCGAACUCGAACUCCUCGCCAACGGUUCCGUACCCCACGAUGGCUUCUCCCAACUCCGCACUGGAAUCGCUGCCGGAAGUAGCGUUCCAGCAGAACUCAUGCGCAAACUACAUAAGGUGCUUAAUCUGACGGAACUAACUAUCUGCUACGGGAUGACAGAAACGUCUCCUGUUUCUGCUAUGACAACCACGGACGACCCGCUUGAAAAAAGGAUCGACAGCGUAGGCCGUCUCCUUCCGCAUGUGAAAGCAAAGGUUGUGGAUCCUGCAGACUGGAGUAGAACACUUGAGGUAAACCAACGUGGAGAGCUUGCUAUAUCAGGGUAUCUCGUAAUGAAAGGGUAUUGGGAUGACGAGGCCCGCACACAAGAGGUACUGGUCUCGGAUCAAGAAGGCGUAUUAUGGAUGCACACAGGUGAUGAGGCGAGCAUGGAUAGCGGAGGAUAUGUGAAAAUUACUGGCAGGAUCAAAGAUUUGAUCAUCAAAGGAGGUGAAAAUAUCCAUCCACUUGAAGUGGAAAACUGUCUUUUUGCGCACCCUGCCGUGAGCGAGGUUAGUGUUGUAGGACUGCCAGAUGAAAGAUAUGGAGAAGUAGUGGCAGCGUUUGUUAUUGCCCAUGAGGGACCCAAGGGGAAAGUUACUGCGGAUGAGGUAAGAGAAUGGGUGAGGACAAAACUUAGUCAUCACUUAGUGCCGAAAUACGUCUUCUGGGUGGGCAACUAUCCUAAGACCGCGAGCGGGAAAAUUCAGAAGUUCAAACUUCGAGAACUAGGCAUGGAAUUCUUGAGGGAUGGUAAAGGGAUUAAAUGAGAUGAAGAAUUUGUCCCUUCUCAUGAUGUAUACAUGCUCUGAAAUGAAUCAGACAUUUCCCGAAGAAUGGAAGGGAAAUGUUGUGAAUAUUGUCUCGAACUAAAUGGCAC